AUGAUCGCUGGCUCUCUCCGUCCUUCGCUACCGUUUAGUGCAGAAAAAGGAAGUCUUUUGGCUGAUGUAGAUGAUUUCACUGCUCCAGCUCGAGGGAAGGAAAUGACUUCGAUGUGGGAUGCUACUAAAGAAAUAUUAUUGGAGAAGGAUUUUAUGGCGAUUAUUGGUUCCAAUUUCAUUCAUACUGCCAGAAGCGUUUCCCAUAUGAACUUUGCUUCCAUAGCUACUGAACUUCUCAUACCCCAAACAAUUUUGCCGAAAGGCUCCAUUCAAUUGAGUUUGUUCUACGGUGUCCUAACGCUUGGGCCACAGAUAUUGCUUAUCUUGAACGAACGUCUCAUUAAUAAGUGUGGAGCCUAUCGAAUUUUGAUGACCACUUAUGCUAUUUCCUUCUUUUCUGGACUGAUAUUCUUUUUCGCUAGUGAUCCAUACUUUAUUAUGAUUUUUAUGGUAAUCGACAGUAUAACGGUUCACUCUGCGGCACCGCUUUUCAACAUCAUCAUCUCAGACUUCAUAGAUGACGACGCGAAACGACACUCGCGCAAAUCGGGACUUUCCUCACUGGUAUUUAGUUUAAAUGCAUUAGUUGUCAAACCUGCACAGUCUAUAGCACCGGUUGUUGUUGUGUAUAUUCUCAAUGCUUACGGGUAUCAGAACUUUGUCGACACUAAACAACCUUCAGCUGACCUAGCUCAUGGUAUACGUCUUGUCUUGAUGUCUACCCCUCUUAUUCUUGGCGGCUUACAGUAUCUCAUCUUCAAAUCAUAUUCCUUGAAAAAUAGACACCUUCAGAAACCUGAAGAGAACAUUUGA